AUGUCGAUUCCUCAGUCCUACAAAGCGUUUCGACGCAGCGAGGAUGGUUCACGUCUUGAGAUGGCGGAAGAGAAGCUGCCAUCAUCACUUCAUCCCAACGAGGUUCUGAUCCGCAUCCAUGCUGUUUCUCUCAACUAUAGGGACGUUGCGAUGAUGCACGGGAAAUACCCAGUGCCAGUGAUAGCACGUGGUAUCCCUGCUUCUGACUGCGCUGCCGAAGUUGUCGCGGUCGGAUCUGAAGUGAGUGGUUUCGCACCAGGGGAUCGCGUUGCGCCCAUUUUCGAUUUGAACAACCUCCUGGGAACCGAGGAAAAGACAGCGGCUCUAGGUGGAGAUGUUGAUGGUGUGCUGCGGCAAUUUGCAGUGUUUGACCAGAAGGUGUUGGUCCAUUUGCCCAAGCAUCUUUCUUGGGAGGAGGCGGCCUGUAUCACAUGCGCGGGAACAACUGCUUGGACAGCUCUGGAGAUGCCACGAUCAAACGGCACUGCCUUACUUCAAGGUACUGGAGGCGUGAGCAUGUUUGCUUUAUUAAUCUGCCUAGCAGCCGGCAUUCGCCCCAUCAUCACAUCUUCUUCCGACAAGAAGCUCGACAUAGCGCGUUCCCUGGGCCAGCCAGGUGAGGUGGACAUCAUUAAUUACCGAACCCAUCCUGAAUGGGAUGAGCGAGCACUUCAUCUUACCCACGGACGAGGUGUCGAUGUUGUGGUUGAAAAUGUGGGCCCUACCACUCUAGCCCAGAGUCUCCGGACCCUUGCGCGCAGAGGUACUGUUUCGCAGGUUGGCUUUUUAGGAGGGUUCAACACAGAUCACUUCCCUGACACCCUUGGACCUCUACUAGCCAAGAGCGCUGUCCUAAGGGGGAUUGCCGUGGGGUCAAAGAUCGACCAACAGAAUCUAUGCGACUUUCUGGCACAGAAGAAAAUCUGUCUCAAGCCUCUAUUGGAUGACAUCAUCUUCUCUUUCGAAGAUUCGCAGGCCGCAUUUGAUCACCUAUAUGCCGCCAGACACAUGGGCAAGGUCGUCAUCAAGGUUUAG